ACAAGCAACCAGUAUUUGAUCUUCCACCCUUAAUUAAGCAACCUCAUGAUAUUGCUAUGAUUGUAUUCAUUUCAUCCCCAUUUCUUAAUUUUUCUCAUACAUUACCAUAUUACAAUACAUCUAUACCUUUGUACAAACAAGUUCUAUGCAUAUGCCACCAUCUUUAGCUUCCUUAGAGCUCCUGAGAAGCUAUGGUAGCAGGUUCAAGAUGCAAAAUACAAGCACCUUAAGCAAAGGUAAAACUUGUUUAGCUCAUCAGAAGAUGUCAACUGUAGAAAUAGUAAGAGAAGCUGGAGCAAGGUAUGUCCAAUACUCUUCCCAUUGGAAUGAUAAUUUUUGCAUCCCUAUGCACCCUUAUGGAUUGAAGUACCUUGGGAAUUUGUCUGAGGAAGAAAAUGGAGAUGUUGAACAGGUUCAGUUUCUCCUUGCUGCAGCUGAAAGGGUACGCUGCCAACAAUUUGAACGUGCAAGCAGGUUACUCCUCCAAUAUCAAUGGAAUUCAUCAUCAUAUGCAAGUGGAAACACUGUUCAAAGAGUUGUCUUUCACUUCGCUGAAGCACUUAAAGAGAGAAUAGACCGAGAAACAGGAAGGAACAAGGGGUCUGAGAAAAAUGAAGAAAUGGAAUUAAUUCAGAAGAUGGGUGGUACCAACAAAUCCCUUCUAUGCCAUCAAAAAAUUCCUUUCAAUCAAGUAAUGCAAUUCACUGGGGUACAAGCUAUGGUGGAACAUGUUGCAGGUGAGACUAAAAUCCAUCUAAUAGAUCUUGAUAUAAAAUGUGGGGUGCAGUGCAUAGCUUUGAUGCAAGCACUCGCUGAGCGCCAGAAUAGCAUGGUAAAAGUAAAAUUCUUUAAGAUAAGUGCCAUUGGACUUACAGCAUGCAAAACCAAGAUAGAGGACACUGGAAAACGGUUAGCGAGUUUUGCUGAGUCCUUGAACUUGCCCUUUUCAUAUAAGCAUAUUCUAGUCACAGACAUGGCAGAAUUCAAAGAUCAUUUUGAAGUUGAAGAGGAUGAAGCUGUGAUUAUUUACUCUGCAUAUUUUCUAAGGACCAUGAUAUCAAGGCCUGAUUGUUUGGAAAACUUGAUGCGGAUUAUUAGAAAUAUCAAACCAUCUAUAAUGAUAGUGCUUGAAGUGGAAGCAAACCAUAAUUCACCCUCCUUUGGGAAUCGUUUCAUUGAGGCAAUGUUCUACUACUCGGCUUUUUUGGAUUGCUUAUAUACUUGCAUAGAAGAUGAUGAGUGCAGAGUAUUCACUGAAGCAAUAUUAUCUGCAGGGAUAAGAAACAUUGUUGCUAUGGAAGGAAGGGAAAGGAGGGUUAGAAAUGUGAAGAUAGAUGUUUGGAGAAGGUUCUUUGCAAGGUACAGAAUGGUGGAAAUUGAAUUUAGUGAGUCAUCUAUGUACCAAGCUGAUUUGGUUGCUAGAGAGUUUGCUGUUGGGAAGUUCUGCACUGUAGACAAGAAUGGCAGGUCUAUGAUAGUGGGAUGGAAGGGGACCCCAAUGCAUUCAAUCUCAGCUUGGAGGUUUCUUUGACAAAAUUAUGGCCCAUUUGGAAGAGAUCAUUAGAUUUGGCACCCCACUCAUUAGAAAUGUCACCCCACUUACGGAAACUUAGUUUCCGAAAUAUUUCAAAAAUAAAGUUUCCGAAGCAUUUUUUCACUCAAAAGUGGGGUGUUACAUGUAUUUUGCACUACAAAUCACGAAUUAAUUUCGGAAUCUAAGAUUCCGAAAUAAUUCGGAACUUGAAA